AUGUGCAUUUUGGUAUAUUCAUGUCCCCACAGCGGGAUCUUCACAGGCCCCCCAAAGGCUCACGAUACUUCAGCUGCGGAAUAUUCACUAAAGGCCAGUACUUGUACAAAGUCUGUUCUAAAGGCAGUUGAGCUGAAUUCUACUAAACUAUUCUGUUUGCCAGCAGAUGUUAAGGUUGUGUUGAAGAUCAUUAAACAUUACCAGGAAGAAGGACAGGGAAAUGAAGUGGUCCAAGGAGUGCUGCUUGGUCUUGUGGUGGAUGACAGACUUGAAAUCACAAAUUGCUUCCCUUUCCCGCAGCAUACAGAAGAUGAUGCAGACUUUGAUGAAGUUCAAUACCAGAUGGAAAUGAUGCGAAGCCUGCGCCACGUAAACAUUGAUCAUCUUCACGUUGGCUGGUACCAGUCCACAUACUAUGGCUCUUUUGUCACCCGUGCCCUCCUGGACUCCCAGUUCAGUUACCAGCAUGCAAUUGAGGAGUCUGUAGUUCUCAUUUACGAUCCCAUUAAGACUGCCCAAGGAUCUUUGUCUCUGAAGGCAUAUAGGCUGACUCCCAAACUGAUGGAAGUUUGCAAGGAAAAAGAUUUCUCUCCAGAAGCCUUGAAAAAAGCAAAUAUUGCAUAUGAAAACAUGUUUGAAGAAGUACCUAUCGUCAUUAAGAAUUCAUACCUGAUCAAUGUGAUGUUGUGGGAACUGGAAAAGAAAUCCGCAGUAGCCGAUAGACAUGAGUUGCUCAGUCUGGCUAGCAGUAAUCACCUUGGGAAGAGUCUGCAGCUGCUGAUGGACAGAGUGGAUGAGAUGAGCCAAGACAUUGUUAAAUACAAUACCUACCUGAGGAACGUAAGCAAGCAGCAGCAGCAGAAACAUCAGUAUCAGCAGAGACGUCAGCAAGAAAAUAUACAGCGUCAAAGCCGAGGAGAGCCCCCCCUUCCUGAGGAGGACAUCAAUAAGCUUUUUAAACCACCGCAACCACCACCAAGAAUGGAGUCACUCCUUAUUGCAGGUCAAAUUAAUACCUACUGCCAGAAUAUUAAGGAGUUCAACGCACAGAACCUGGGCAAGCUUUUCAUGGCUCAGGCUCUCCAGGAUUACAACAACUGAAGAAACUUUGCUGUAGCCCUCAACAUGAAGAGUUAUUUACAGCUUUACACUGUUCAUGAUCAUCUUGAAAAUUUAUUAUUUUGGGAGGAAAUUCUUGUAAAACAGAGUCAACUUGGUUUAUGUAGAAUUCUCUUAUAAGAAAAAUAAAGGCACAUUUUAAUGAUA